AAAAAAAUAAACAUGGCGCAGAUUUUAGAAAUUUAAUUUAUUUUGUAUUGUUUUAGUGAUAAUUUUCAUGAAUUUACACAACAUUCGUAAACGCUAAGUAAAAUUUCAUUUAUUUAUUUACAAGAAUAACUACUUAAAAAUAUUUCUUCCGUAUGAUGAUUGAGGCAUAUCCAUGAAAGAUGUUUAAGCAGCAAAUAUCGCCGCGUAGCGUGCACCCGUACCAGACGACGGUGGUGCCGCGGAGCGAGCAACAGUUGGUGUCGGCGGCGCAGCAGCGGGCGAAGUUCCCGUGGGCCGAGGACAUCAACCCCUCCGUGUACCAGCCCGGCGGCACCGACAGCUCCAACUCCGACAAUCUCUACCAGCUUCCUCAAUACUACAAUGGGACCAUGCGAGAAUAUGGACCACCAUCACCAGAGUACCAGGCACCAUAUGCGUCCGGGAACACAUGGCAUCAUAGUUUUAGGAAGACAAAUAGACCACAUACCAGAGUAUCAGAAGGAUUGACAUUCCCGCACUGUGCCUCUGCAUUUUCACUUCCAUUGUGUGAUGUGGACCAGAGGACACAGAUACCGAGCCGUGCCCUGAGCUCUCCGGUUCCAUCAAUGAGCCCUGAGGUGGCCAUAUAUGGAGCUUGCGGAGGACACUGUCCGGGAUUUGAAUAUGUGUGCUAUUAUAUUUUACAGGUGUUAUUUGUGGUGGGUGUGUUAACCGGGAUCUCUCUGUGUAUAGCGGGUAUUGUUCUGAGGAGAACCAACAGAAAUGGUGACCUUGGAGUUUUAGUUUAUAUUGGGUGCCUGGCGGCGUGCGUGUGCGCCGUGCUGCUGGGCGUGCAGGGCCGCGUGCGCCGCGAGAUCCGCCAGCGCAAGCUGCGCGCCAACACGCACAUAGCCAUGCAGCCCAUUGCGGAAGCGCCAGCCCCAGCUUGCCAGUUGCUGACAUCAACCAUGCCGAUGUCGGCGACACUACCUCGCGGCCAAAUAUACAGGCCAACAACCACGGUGUACCAAGAGGAAGACGUGACCGGCGUCCCCUGGUGGCGCCGUGAGCCCCAAGACUGACUAGAUAUAAGCGUAAACUAUACCAUUAUUAUAUUAACUUUGAUGUUUUAUGUAUAACUAUACAGUUCAUUUUGAAUAUAUUUUUUGUACGAAAUUA